CCACCUUGUUGCUGGGACUUGUAGUUCUCCCAUGUUGCACCAAUUCCAACCGGGAAGGCGGUGGUUUCGUGCUCAGCCCAGGGAUAUUAGGCGUAGCUUUCCACCUUUGGCAAAAGCGGAAACACUUCAGACCCCCGGGUGGGUUGGAUUCUUUGUCUCAUCUAUCGAUUUUACAAAAGGGUCACAAACAUGUCAGACAAAAGUGAAUUAAAGGCUGAGUUGGAGCGGAAGAAGCAGCGAUUGGCCCAAAUCAGAGAGGAAAAGAAGAGAAAAGAAGAAGAAAGGAAGAAAAAAGAAACCGAUCAGAAGAAGGAAGCUGUUGCUCCUGUGCAAGAAGAGUCAGAUCUUGAAAAAAAAAGAAGAGAAGCUGAAGCAUUGCUUCAAAGCAUGGGGCUAACCCCAGAAUCCCCUAUUGUCCCUCCUCCUAUGUCUCCAUCCUCCAAAUCUGUGAGCACACCAAGCGAAGCUGGAAGCCAAGACUCUGGAGAUGGUGCCGUGGGAUCGAGGACGCUGCAUUGGGAUACAGAUCCAUCAGUUCUUCAGCUUCACUCAGAUUCCGAUUUGGGACGGGGACCUAUUAAGCUUGGAAUGGCCAAAAUUACACAAGUUGAUUUUCCUCCUCGAGAAAUUGUCACAUAUACCAAGGAAACUCAGACUCCAGUUAUGGCUCAACCCAAAGAAGAUGAAGAGGAAGAAGAUGAUGUAGUGACUCCUAAACCACCUAUUGAACCUGAAGAAGAAAAAACUUUUAAAAAAGAUGAAGAAAGUGAUAGUAAAGCUCCCCCUCAUGAGCUGACUGAAGAAGAAAAACAACAAAUCUUGCACUCAGAGGAAUUUUUAAGUUUCUUUGACCAUUCUACAAGAAUUGUAGAAAGAGCUCUUUCUGAGCAAAUUAACAUCUUCUUUGACUACAGUGGGAGAGAUCUGGAAGACAAAGAAGGAGAGAUUCAAGCAGGUGCCAAACUAUCAUUAAAUCGACAAUUUUUUGAUGAACGUUGGUCAAAGCAUCGGGUUGUUAGUUGUUUGGAUUGGUCAUCUCAGCAGUAUCCAGAGUUACUGGUGGCUUCCUAUAAUAAUAAUGAAGAUGCUCCUCAUGAGCCUGAUGGUGUGGCCCUUGUAUGGAAUAUGAAAUACAAAAAAACUACCCCAGAGUAUGUGUUCCACUGCCAGUCAGCUGUGAUGUCUGCUACGUUUGCGAAAUUUCAUCCAAAUCUUGUUGUUGGUGGUACAUAUUCAGGCCAAAUUGUGCUUUGGGAUAACCGUAGCAACAAAAGAACUCCAGUCCAAAGAACACCACUGUCGGCUGCUGCACAUACACACCCUGUCUAUUGUGUAAAUGUUGUUGGAACACAAAAUGCACACAAUCUGAUUAGCAUCUCUACUGACGGAAAAAUUUGUUCAUGGAGUCUGGACAUGCUUUCUCAUCCACAGGAUAGCAUGGAGUUGGUUCAUAAACAGUCAAAGGCAGUAGCUGUGACAUCUAUGUCCUUCCCUGUUGGAGAUGUCAACAACUUUGUUGUUGGGAGUGAAGAAGGUUCUGUGUACACAGCAUGCCGCCACGGCAGCAAAGCUGGAAUCAGUGAGAUGUUUGAGGGACAUCAAGGACCAAUCACUGGCAUCCACUGUCACGCAGCUGUUGGAGCAGUAGACUUCUCACAUCUUUUUGUCACAUCUUCAUUUGACUGGACAGUAAAACUUUGGACAACUAAGAAUAACAAGCCUCUGUAUUCAUUUGAAGAUAAUUCAGACUAUGUUUAUGAUGUUAUGUGGUCACCCACCCACCCAGCCUUGUUUGCCUGUGUGGAUGGCAUGGGGAGACUGGAUUUAUGGAAUCUCAAUAAUGACACAGAGGUACCAACUGCCAGCAUUUCUGUGGAGGGUAAUCCUGCUCUUAAUCGUGUAAGAUGGACCCAUUCUGGAAGAGAGAUUGCCGUGGGUGAUUCUGAAGGACAGAUUGUUAUAUAUGAUGUGGGAGAGCAGAUUGCUGUUCCCCGCAAUGACGAAUGGGCGCGGUUUGGCCGAACACUUGCAGAAAUUAAUGCAAACCGAGCUGAUGCAGAGGAGGAAGCAGCUACCCGAAUACCUGCUUAGUUCUUGGAAAGGGGAAUGUAGUCUUAGUGGAUUUGUGGAAAACACUUAAGUAGAUUCUAAGACUAUUUGCAUGCUUCUGUCUGAAUGAUAAUUAAAAGAAAAUUUCAUGGAUUAAUCUGUGGAUUUAAUGCAGCAAGCAAAGCUUACAAUGUCUUUUUAUAUUAUACACAUUUUGUUUUGGAUUCGUGUCAUUUUUAAUACAACUGACUUUACAGAAUGCAGCUUUUUCUGAAUUCUAAUGCACAGGUGUAUAUUUAGUAAUCUUUUGAAUCUUUUCAAUUUAUAACACUACAGUUAUUUCAAAAGCACAGAUUAAAUAAAUCCUACAUAUUUUUAAAUAAUCCCAAUUCCUGUUACACUGAUAAUAUUUUAACCAUAAUGUGUAGGAACAUUGUUCUUCAUCACAGCAUGUAGACACUUAUCCAAGUUCCAUUCUAACAUCCUUGUCUUUAUAGUUCAAGUAGUCAUUAUCUAAAAAUAAAAACAAACAUACUAACUUUUCAAUGUUCAUUUUUACUCCUUGCAAUUUGAAUUUUCCAUCUUUUUUUAUAAAAUGUCUUUUAUUAUUAUCCUUCUUAAGCCCUGCUGUGAGCAGCUACUUUGAAUCCUGAAAAGCUUUGUGCCUUACAUAUACCAUCCAGGGCAUACUACAGAUUUCCCUAUGCAUUAUGAACUGGUGUUUGGAUAAUCUGUCAGUGAAGUUUCCCCUAUAUUAACUUUUGCUGUACUACCUUAUUUUCUUGCUAUCCAUAUUGAAAGGAUAAGUGGAAAGCUCCUAAUGUUUUUACUAAUUGAGUCUACUGUGCAUGUGAGCUCUCUGAGUAAAGUCUCCUUUGAGACUGACUGAUUUCAUGGUUGUGGUAGUGAUAAAGGAAGGCACAGUGCUGAGAUGACCUGUGCUUUGGCAUUUUAGCAGCUCCACACACCUUGAGAUCUGUAACCCUACCUUUCUCUACAAGUCUGAAAGGUCGGUGAUGAAUACCUAACAAUUAGUGUUGAAAUCAACCAAUUUUAGGGUUAGAGAAAUGUAUUAUGAUCAGAUCUUGAUUUGUAGCCGCUUUAAACUUGCCAUCUCCUUUGUUGGGACCUUUUGAAUAAAAGACAAGCUUUAGAUAGACAAAAGAACUUGAACUAGGAAGGAAGAUUAGAAAUCAGAAUUUGAACAUUUUAAUUCCAAUAAAGAUUUACUGUGAGAGAAUUCUAAAUAAUAACAGAACGUCUUAACUAUGAGUAUUCUGCAGCAUAAAGAAUAGUUGACCUAGAAUAUUAGACCCCGAUUCUAGUUCUACCUCUGGCACCUAUAAGAAGUCAGAUUUUGGCCAAGCCUGUGCCUCAUUCCUUAAUCAAGGAAUUAAGUUCAAAUUAGAUGAUUUCUGAAUUUCCUUCCUGCUCUAAAAUUAUUAAUUGUAUUAAUUACACCAGGCACUUUUCAUGUUUGUAUAUUUAGUUUUCCUAAAUUGACCCCUGUAAUUCCCCAUUAUUUGCCAAAGAUAACAUCUCAAGUUAUUUCAUGGCAGCAGUGUCUUUAAAAAGUUCAACUGCAGCAAGGUCACACUGUGUAGAAAAAUGCAUGUCAUUGUAAUAGCUAUUGUAUUUUUGCCCUCAGUUUGUAAGAAUGACUAGAAAAAGAGAAAACAUAACUAAAACACAAUGUUACAUAAAGUUGAAAAUCAAGAGAUGUGACGAACCAUGGGACUCAAGUUUUGUUCAAUUAUAAAAGAAAAUAAAAUUGGUAAACUUGUAAAAUACCACUAAAGAA